AAAGAAAUAGAUUUAGCAUGAGGUGCAAGCGUUUUCGGGAUAUCCUAAUCGGACGGGCUCCCCGCCGGAACAGAUGCCAGAUUGUUAUGUGACGCCGCUCGCGCUUUUCCACCGCGGCUUUGUGUCUGUCGACCGCCACCCGCGGCGAGCCUUCGCGCCAUAAAAAGUGCACGCGCGGCAGCUCACUCCACAUUCUCCCCCAGCCUCCCCACUGUACAGCACAGCGAGUGCAACACAAAGCCAGAGUGGAGAGCUAGCUAGCGUGAGACCUCAAGCCUGACGCCCUCUCGUGCCACGACGAUGCCACCGCCGGCCUCCUGGUUCUACAGGCUGCGGCGCAAGCGAGGAGGCGACGCCGGCGAGAUCGCAAGAGGCGAUCGUGCUCCGGCGGUGGUGACCCCGCCGCCGUCGUCGGCGUCGUCGCGGGAGGUGCCGGUGCCGCCUCCGUGCACCCCGAACAGGGCGUCCUACUACGUCCCCAGCGGCGAGCGUGGAGCUGUCAAGGGGAUUCCGAUUCCGCCCAAGCGCCGGGACACGCAGUUCCCGCGCAGCCCGCAGCCGAGCGACAUCGUCUUCGACGUGGUCACCGUGGCGCGGGCCGCGGCCGACCGGUUCGACGGGCUCAGGGCGAUGCCGGAGCUCAAGCUGCGGCCCAUCCUCACCAAACCGGCCGGCAGAAAGGAGGACGGGGAGGAGGAGGAGGUCUCGGGGAGCGGCGGCGCGUCACCGACGGCCAGGGCGCGGCGGCGGCCGCGGCUCUACGUGAAGGCGAGCGGCGGGCGGAUGGGGAGAAGGCCGGCGGACGCGCAGCCCCCGGCGAUGGCGACCACCGGGCCGCGGAGGCGACAAGCGAGGCGGCGGCGCUGGCUGCAGGAGAGCCUGGUGGUGGUGAAGGAGUCGGCGGACCCGGAGGAGGACUUCCUGGCGAGCAUGGCGGAGAUGAUCGCGGCCAACGACGACGUCCGCGCCUCGCCGCGGGGCCUCGAGGAGCUGCUCGCGUGCUACCUCGCCCUCAACGCCUCCGAGCACCACCGCGCCAUCGUCGCCGCCUUCCGGCGCGCCUGGCUCGACGACGCGCCCACCAGCACCGCCAAGCACAGGCCGCCGCCGUCGCACGGGCUGGCUGGCUAAGCCAGCUACACACCACGUGUGCCCGUGUACAGUAGUACGAAAAUGGCGGUGGUCUGUGAAAGUUUCUUGGGGCGAAUCCCCAUGGCCGCGGCUUGCUCGAUCGAUGGUUGCUCGCUGCUGCGAUUCUGCAAAGCCGGAGGAUCGACGAGCGCACGCGCGUCACGGGGUGCUCUGCUCUGGUUCAAGCCGUUCUCAUCGAUCGUGUGCUGUCUGCUGUCUUUACAGAUAGGAGUAGCCGAGUAGGCCUACCUGCGUCAGAAUUUGUUCAUGCUGGAAGAAAACACCAUCUCGGAUUUUUCUUCUUGUUGCUGCUCCGUUGAUGCUAAGUGGAGUACGGACUAGGUAGCUGUGGAAGCAUCUACGCAUAUACGGUGUGACACGACAUGCACAUGUACAAAAAUUCGGGUAAGUUAUUACUGAUAGUACCUUUCCUA